GCCUGCGCAAUAAACAGCUGGCGGAAACGCGGGUUUGGCCUCCGACGGUGACGUUUUCCGGUCGGAAUGAAAGUGGGCGACUUCUCGGGAGGCUGCCUAGGCAAGUCGUGUGGCGGGCUGUCAGGUCCUAGCGUCACCACCCCGGAGCUUCUCGUGGGGCGACGCCUUCCGCGGUGCAGCCGGCUCGCUGCGGACUCGUUUCAGGUGGCAGCCACCGGUUAAAACCGGAGGAUUUGUUGUCGUUUCUAUGGCUUCCUCACAAGCCUCACGAACUGUCGCAGCUCAUGUCCCCUUUGCAGACUUGUGCUCCACCUUAGAACGAAUACAGAAAGGUAAAGACCGUGCAGAAAAAAUCAGGCACUUCAAGGAGUUUCUGGAUUCUUGGAGAAAAUUUCAUGAUGCCCUUCAUAAGAACAAGAAGGAUGUUCCGGACUCUUUUUACCCAGCAAUGAGACUUAUUCUCCCUCAGCUAGAGAGAGAGAGGAUGGCUUACGGAAUCAAAGAAACCAUGCUGGCUAAGCUUUACAUCGAAUUGCUCAAUUUACCAAGAGAAGGCAAGGAUGCCCAGAAGCUCCUGAAUUACCGAACCCCCAGUGGAGCUCGCUCAGAUGCUGGGGACUUUGCCACGAUUGCAUACUUUGUUUUGAAGCCAAGGUGCUUACAGAAAGGAAGCUUAACCAUACAGAAGGUGAAUGAACUCUUAGACUUAGUUGCCAGCAAUAACUCUGGCAAAAGAAAAGAUCUAGUGAAAAAGAGCCUUCUUCAGUUAAUAACCCAGUGUUCAGCACUCGAGCAAAAGUGGCUGAUUCGCAUGAUUAUUAAGGACUUAAAGCUUGGUGUCAGUCAGCACACGAUAUUGUCCAUCUUCCACAAUGAUGCAGUCGAGUUGCACAAUGUCACCACAGAUCUGGAAAAGGUCUGUAGGCAGCUACAUGACCCCUCCGUAGGGCUCAGCGACAUCUCCAUCACUUUGUUCUCUGCCUUUAGGCCAAUGCUAGCUGCUGUAGCAGAUGUGGAGCGUGUGGAGAAGGACAUGAAGCAGCAGAGUUUCUACAUCGAAACUAAGCUCGAUGGCGAGCGCAUGCAGAUGCACAAGGAUGGCGCCCUGUACCGGUACUUCUCCAGAAAUGGUUACAACUACACCGAUCAGUUCGGCGAAUCUCCACAGGAAGGCUCUCUCACCCCGUUUAUUCACAACGCAUUCAAGACAGAUGUGCAAGUGUGCAUCCUUGAUGGCGAGAUGAUGGCCUACAACCCAACGACACAGACUUUCAUGCAGAAGGGGGUCAAGUUUGAUAUCAAAAGGAUGGUCGAAGAUUCUGACCUACAGACAUGCUACUGUGUUUUCGAUGUGCUGAUGGUUAAUAAUAAGAAGCUAGGGCGUGAGACUCUCAGGAAGAGGUAUGAUAUCCUUAGUAGCACUUUCACACCCAUACAAGGUCGAAUAGAGAUAGUGCAGAAAACUCAAGCUCAGACAAAGCAGGAAGUAGUGGAUGCAUUAAAUGAUGCCAUAGACAAGAGAGAAGAGGGGAUCAUGGUUAAACACCCUCUGUCCAUUUACAAGCCAGACAAAAGAGGUGAAGGGUGGCUAAAGAUUAAACCAGAGUAUGUCACUGGAUUGAUGGAUGAAUUAGACCUCUUAAUUGUUGGGGGCUACUGGGGUAAAGGUUCUCGAGGUGGCAUGAUGUCUCACUUUCUGUGUGCAGUGGCAGAGACACCACCUCCUGGUGACAAGCCAUCUGUGUUCCACACUCUGUGCCGUGUUGGGUCGGGUUACACGAUGAAAGAACUCUAUGACCUGGGCUUGAAAUUGGCAAAAUACUGGAAGCCUUUCCAAAGAAAAUCUCCACCAAGCUGUAUUUUGUGUGGCACAGAGAAGCCAGAAGUGUACAUUGAACCCCAGAACUCUGUCAUCGUUCAGAUCAAGGCGGCAGAGAUCGUCCCCAGUGACAUGUACAAGACUGGCUCUACCUUGCGCUUCCCACGCAUCGAGAAGAUCAGAGAUGACAAAGAGUGGCAUGACUGUAUGACGCUGGAUGACCUGGAGCAGCUGAGGGGGAAAGCAUCUGGGAAGCUUGCCACAAAACACCUUCACAUAGGUGACGAUGACGAACCCAGAGAAAAAAGGCGGAAACCCAUCUCUAAGACGAAGAAAACCAUUGGAAUCAUUGAACACCUAAAAGCGCCUAACCUUUCUAACAUAAACAAAGUUUCUAAUGUAUUUGAAGAUGUUGAGUUUUGUGUCAUGAGUGGAUUAGAUGGUUAUCCAAAGCCUGACCUAGAGAACAAAAUUGCAGAAUUUGGUGGUUAUAUAGUCCAGAAUCCAGGCCCAGAUACAUACUGUGUGAUUGCAGGUUCUGAGAACAUUAGGGUCAGAAACAUCAUCUCUUCAGAUAGGCAUGAUGUUGUCAAGCCCGAGUGGCUUUUAGAGUGUUUUAAAACAAAAACAUGUGUGCCAUGGCAACCCCGCUUUAUGAUUCACAUGUGCCCAUCAACAAAGCAGCAUUUUGCCCGUGAAUAUGACUGCUAUGGUGAUAGCUAUUUCGUUGAUGCAGAUUUGGAUCAAUUGAAAGAAGUGUUUUUAAGAAUUAAACCCAGUGAGCAGCAGACUCCUGAAGAAAUGGCCCCUGUGAUUGCUGACCUAGAAUGUCGUUAUUCCUGGGAUCACUCUCCUCUCAGUAUGUUUCGACACUACACCGUUUAUUUGGACUUGUAUGCUGUUAUUAAUGACUUAAGUUCCAAAAUCGAAGCCACAAGGUUAGGUGUUACAGCACUUGAGCUGCGGUUUCGUGGAGCAAAGGUGGUUUCCCGCUUAUCUGAAGGGGUGUCUCACGUAAUCAUCGGGGAAGAUCAGAGACGAGUCAGUGACUUUAAAACGUUCAGAAGAACGCUUAAGAAAAAGUUUAAAAUCCUGCAGGAACGUUGGGUGAUCGAUUCAGUAGACAAGUGUGAACUGCAGGAAGAAAACCUGUAUUUGCUUUAGAGGAAAAUGUUAACCGUGUCAGACAACAGCAGGCAGUGAUGAUGGAAUAGCCAGUGGCCUUCAUUUUAUCUCCUAAUACUUCAAAAGGAUUAGUUACCAGAAGGCAAUACUUUUCAAGUAGAAAGGAAACUGAAUAGGCCAAAGCCAAAAAAACCCUUUUCCCAACAUAACUUACAAUUGACAUACAAUGACAACUUGAAGAGGUGCUUGUGUGGUAUUCAUGUUGAAGCUAGAAUUUUGACUUGGAUAUUAAGGAAAGUAUAUUUGGAACCUUUUAGAACCGUUGCUGCUAUUGACUUUCUAAAUAGAAUUUCCCAGAGUUAAAGAUUAAAGUUUUUAGCUAAUAAAAGGCUUAUACCAAAAUUGUUACAAUUAGACUUAUAAGAAUAAGCCUUUUUAUUUGAGGUCUCAAAUGCCCCCUAUAAGCAUGAAAUAUUUUAAUAAGUUUUUAAGGUUUGCCAAAUGUGCUUUGAUAAUAUGGGGAAAGUUGAGAGAUAAUCAUCUAAACACCAAACACUUUAGAUGUUAAUUAAUUUUAUUUAAAAAAAAAUCCUUACAAGUAUAAGUUAGCUAAGAAUUUUUUUUUUUUGAAGAUACGUUUCAUGGGGAAGUUUUCUGCGUGAAUUUGCACUCCAGUAUUAACAAUGUUGACAGAACUUGUCUCCUUUGAUGAGCCAUUGAGUAGCUGUCCAUACAAUGAACCUGUUGUCAAUUUCAUUAGAGACUAGGUGCUGUCGCUUUUAGAGAUGGCUUUUAUGAUUGUGUUGAAGUCACAGUGAUGUAUGUAUUAGAUCUGUUCAGAAUUAUUCUUCCAUGGCAGCACUGACAUGGAGGGAUGUGGGGCCUGAAGUAGUGGGUAUAAACUAUUUAAGUAAUUAGACUUCUUUUUAAAGCAAUUGAGAUGUUUGUGAUUAUUGUAACUUAAAUAAAAUUAUUAAAUAUUUAAUGUAAUACCAACAUUAUUUAUGUUCUUUUUAUUUUAAAACGAUUCAUCAUAAUUCUUUUAAUCAGAUUUAAUAAUGUCAUUACACUUUGUGUCCUUGUGUGAGGCGGUGUCCAGGAUGACUGUGAAUUUACAGUAUUGCACCUCUAACCUCCCAAGUACCGAGACUGUAGAAGACAGCCAUUGCUCUUGUCUUGGUAUACCUACAGACGAGCUUUAGUCACAGCUCCUCCUGGAUCCUUUGGGUUUCACAUUACCAAGCGAGCUUUAAUGAUUUAAGUGUGUACUGCUUUGUGUUCAGAGAGACAUGUCUCAAAGCACAAGUAUAGUUGAAGAUUUGUAACUUUAUAAUUUAAAUGUAUAUGAAUUAAAAGUUUAUAAUUUUCCUACUUAAAGGUAAUACUCAGGGUACCCAUGGUAAAGGACUCAUAAAGCCAUUGUUUGGGGUAACAAUACUAAAGCUUACUGUGUUUUCCUUAUUUUCUUAUUAAGUUGUGAGAAUACUUGCAGGCCACAAAAGUACCUCAUCGGUUUUCACUGCGGCACAGCACUCCACUGAAUGCACCUAAUGUGCCUUUUGCAGCAUUUAAAUUAGCUCCUUGUACUCCAUUCACAUUUUCCUUCUCCUGUCCUGAUAAAUCUUUUACCUGGUCUGUGUACAUUUGUUAUGGGUAAUCUUGGUUGUCAGUUUGAAUGCACCUGGAAUCAACUAAAACACAAGCUGCUGGGCAUUCUCUUUAGGGGUUUUUAAAGUCAGAAGACACCUUAAGUGAGUGGCACCUUCUGGUCAUGGAAGACAGAAACAUGUAGGUUGAAAACCAGCAGUCCAGGAUUCCUCAGAGACAUCCGCCUUCAUGGACUAAACGACUACUAUAAUCAGUCUCCAGUAUGAGGUGGCCAUUUUUGGACUCUGUGAAACACUUUUGUACUUCAGUCUAAUAAAUCCCUUUGCAAUACA